CUUGUUUGAAAAAAUUCCAGUCGAGAGAGAGAGAGAAAGUGCAAGAGGGAGAAAUGGAGGCAGCUAAGACAACGAAGUCUGCUGGAGGAAGGAAAGGCUCUGCAAGACGCAAGGCCGUCUCGAAAUCUGUCAAGGCCGGGCUUCAAUUCCCUGUUGGAAGGAUUGCUAGGUUCUUGAAGAAAGGAAGAUAUGCAAGGAGGCUUGGAACCGGCGCUCCCAUCUACUUAGCUGCUGUUCUUGAGUAUCUAGCCGCAGAGGUUUUGGAGCUUGCUGGAAAUGCUGCAAGAGACAACAAGAAGACUCGGAUCAUCCCAAGGCAUGUUCUCCUGGCUAUUAGAAAUGAUGAUGAGCUUGGGAAGCUGUUGGCUGGUGUGACUAUUGCUCAUGGUGGUGUUCUUCCCAACAUUCAUUCAGUUCUUCUUCCCAAGAAAUCUGAGAAAGCUAAGGAUAGUAUUGAAGCAACCAAAUCCCCAAAGAAGGCUUGAAUCAGAUGAUCUGAAUCUGUUACUCUUUUUUAUUUAGUGUAUAUUUGUCUUUAUGAGAUUCACAAAAAUGGGGGAUUUUGUGUUUUGAAGAAAGAAGUAGAACAAAGUUUCGUUUUUUUCCA